GUUGUUGCCUUUGUAGCUAACGCCGCGUGAACGCGACGUCAACAUGUGACCGAGUGCUUUCAUUUCUAAAAAGUUUUUUGGGGGGACGGCUCGGCAGACAAAAAGCCGUGGUGUCUUGUCUUGACUUUUUUUUUAAAUUAAAUUUGUAACAGGGAGAAGUGACGAGGAGAGAGAGGCGGGGGCGCUGUUGUUGGGACACGUGACGAGAGCUGUUUUGACAAGCCGCGGGGAGGAGGAAGAGCUCAACGGAGGAGUGAUGAUCAUGGUGGUGAGGAGGAGUGGAAGAAGACGGAGGAGGAGGAGGGCCAGACUGUAAAAAAGCAUCACGACGAGGAAGACUCGCGGUUCCUCUCAACGGGAGUUUACAUCCAAAGAGUCCCGUGUCGUUACCUCUUUGAUCUGUCGCCCCGUUUUUUUUAGCCGUUGGAAGGGAGCUCUCGUGCCAGGGCGGGGUGGACGUUAGCUUUGUGUCAAGUCGAGCCGUCGUGUUGUUGUCGGAGAGGAGAAAAGUUGUAAUGACAACAUGAAAGAAGGGAGACAUUAGUGAACUAAACGACUCCACCGCAGUCGUUUGGUAGGCGAGCAAGUGCUAGCUGGUCAGGUUGUUUGUGUUGUCAACACAGCUGACUCGCAAGAAUGCGCGCGUGUAUUUAAAGCCAAGUAAUUAUGGCUAGGGUGUUUCAAAGAGUGUGUUAUAGUCAGCUGCAUUUGUGAAAUAUCCGUGCUUCACUUGUUUUCUCAGGCCUAUUUAUUUUUUGGGUUGCUGCUGUUGGAGCGAUCCGCUGCCAUGGACUAGUACAGUAGUAGCAUGCUAACAAAGCCACGCUUUGUUGCGGGAUAGGGCCAGUCAGGUCUUCACCGCCUCGCUAAUAACAACAACAACAACAACAACAAAAGGCAUGUUUGGGCUUCAACAAGGGGCUCCUGCACUGUUUGCUGUUGAAGACAAGAAGCCAGCAACAUAUCCACCGAUGACACCGGACAACAUGAAGCCCGAGAGAGACGCUACAGAGGAGUUUUUCGAGUACGACGCGGAAGAGUUCCUGGUGUUCCUAACUCUGCUCAUCACAGAGGGACGGACGCCAGAAUAUUCAGUGAAGGGCAGGACCGAGGGGCUGCAUUGUCCACCAGCACAGUUGGCCAUGCCACCUCUUCACAAGCAUGAAUGCAGCGAUAAAGUGCCCCAGUGUCGGCAGGCGCGGCGAACUCGUUCGGAGGUGAUCCUCCUCUGGAAGCACAGCAUUCCCAUCAUGAUCGAGGUCAUGCUGCUGCCAGAUUGUUGCUAUGGAGACGAGUGCCCACCCAGCGAUCCCAUCAGCGACCCGGUCAUCAAACAGGACGCGCUGCUGCUGGAGCGAUGGACUUUGCAGCCGAUUCCCAGACAAAGCGGUGAUCGUUUAAUUGAGGAGAAGACAUUGCUGUUGGCCGUUCGCUCGUACGUUUUUUUCUCGCAGCUCAGCGCCUGGCUCAGUGCCUCUCAUGGCAUUGUCCCCAGAAACAUCCUCUACAGAAUCAGCGCUGCCGAUGACGAUUUGGUUUGGCAGUUCUCCCAGCCUCCGUCCGAACACGUAUUCCCCGUCCCCAAUGUGUCCAACAGUGUGGCGCUGCAAGUCCGUGUGCAGUCACUGCCCCGCCAGCCUACCUAUCCCACCCUGGCCUGCAGCAUCCACACCGGCCUGCCCCCACUAUAUAGCAAGACCCCCAGCCUCAACCCAAACCUCAACAGCCAUGGUGGUCUGACCACCCUCCGAAAGAGGCAGGAGCCCAGCAAGGAGAACCUAGUUCACAGCUCCAACAUAUACAGCAAGAGUUCCAGCUCCAUGUCGGGGCUCCUCCUAAACGGAAUGCCUAUUCGUAAUCUUCCCAUCAACAAUAUCCCCAUAAACAGCCUCCCGCACACCAUUGCUCCACUUCCCUACAGCAAAAUGAGCCAGGAGCCCGGUGAAAACAACACAUUUCAGAACGGAGAGCUCCCACAGGUCAACGUGCCUCCAAGUCAGGACUCUCUACUGUUCCGCAGGUCCUCCCACUCGCCCACACCCUCCCGCUCCCAUUCCCCCUCCACGCUCGCCGGAAGCAAAGCCGGGAAAUGGCUCUACUCGUCCCUCAAUGGCACAUCUGACCCCCCACAGUUAGAGGAUUACAGCAGCAACCGCAGCGAGAGGACAAAGGCGCCCAUGCCGGAGCCUCUUCGAGCUUUGAAGAAAUUCUCACUGGCCGAGCCGCCCCGCUGCCCGUCCCCUAGACCAUCGGCGAGCGAGACGAACCCCCUCAUUGGCUCGCUGUUACAGGAGAGACAGGAAGUUAUAGCCCGCAUCGCACAGAGGCUCAACUUUUGCGAUCCCACAGCACCGCCACUCCCCCCGGCCCUCUUCGCCUCGGAAACCCCCCCCAAAGCCACGUGGGGCAGUAACCAUGACGACAUAGCUGCCAGUAAGACCAAAGAGCCAGAGGUACCGCCCUACGAGUGUGUGGGACAGGCUUUGCCCACUCCGUUCCACACCCCCUUGACCGCCACAUCUUUCCACAAACGGGAGACAUCCUCUCCAAAACCCGCAGCCUGCAGGAAGCUGAAGCUGACCGAGAAGAGAGAAGGAGACGAGGGGAGCACGACGAGAGAGAACGAGGGCGAGCAGGAGCGAGACAGCUCCCUCAUUGCCCAGGCAGUACACGACAUCACCAGACUCAUCCAAGAGAGACUGUUUGUCCCCUCGCUGUCGCCCAGCCACAGCAGGAGCGGCAGCCCUCUGCGCCACACACACACAACAACAGUCACGCACACCAUACGCACAUUCUUGCACCCCGCACACGUUGCCAAUGAAGGCUACACCAAUGGCUACAUCCCCAAUCAUGAACUUAACAGAGACACGCACGCCGUGGCCUCAGACGCGCCCAUUUGCACAAACAAGUCCAUAAUCGACCCGGGGACUGAUUGCCAUUCGACCCGAGCCCAAAAUGGCACUCACUUUACACUUGAAGAACCUUCAUUCAGAGGCCAGGCGCACGCUCAGGCUGGUCCACGUUUACGAACUCCCGCACCGGAAAAACUCACAGUCCACACAACCAGCAGGCAUAAAGUCCCUUUGCCGGAAAACAGGAGUGACCUGCCCUCUAUGCGGAACGCCAAAAUGAACUGUAACACAAUCCAAAACCACAGAAAACCUCUGACACCAAUGCAAGCUGACGCUUCAGCCCAGGACGAGAACCACUCACCUAGACAGUCUUCAGACCUGACUCCCCAUCCUACGGUCCUGCGAACUCACGGCCCUUCCCCCUUGCGGCCCUGCAACGGCUGGAGGAAGCAGAAUCGCCACUCGUUAGACGCCACAGCCACCAAAGCCUUCCACCCCUGCACCGGCCUGCCGCUGCUUUCCAGCCCUGUUCCUCAGAGGAAAAACCAAACUGGCUAUUUUGACCUGGACACCUCCUUGGUUGGCUGUAAAGGUUUGCCUUGGGCCUCUGGGAAAAGGGUGUGCGCUAAGGGCGAGGAGGACGACUCCCAACAGCUGUUCAGUGCGAGCGCUCCACCUGCCAGUCUCAGUCUGCUGGGGAACUUUGAGGAGUGCGUGUUGAACUACCGCCUGGAGCCUUUAGGGACGGUGGAGGGUUUCACGGCUGAAGUGGGAGCCAGCGGAUCCUUCUGCCCCAGUCACCUGACCUUACCCGUGGAUGUGUCCUUCUACAGCGUCUCUGACGACAACGCCCCCUCACCUUACAUGGGUGUCAUAAACCUGGAGCCUCUUGGGAAAAGGGGCUACCGAGUACCUCCAUCAGGAACCAUUCAAGUGACCUUAUUUAACCCAAACAAGACGGUGGUAAAGAUGUUUGUGGUGAUGUACGACCUGCGUGGCAUGCCAGCUGGGCACCAGACCUUCCUGCGCCAGAGGACUUUCUCCGUCCCCGUCAGGAGAGAUGCGAACCAUCAGAUCAACAGGAAGCCUCUCACGUUGGGCCAGGGACGCACGUUGCGCUACCUCGUUCAUCUGAGGUUCCAGAGCUCCAAGUCUGGGAAGAUCUACCUCCACAGAGACAUCCGUCUGCUGUUUUCUAGGAAGUCCAUGGAGGUGGACAGCGGUGCUGCCUAUGAGCUCCAGUCCUUCACAGAGUCCCCCAUCGACCCGCCUUUCUCUCCCCGAUGCUGAUGCCUGACAGACUCACUCACCCCUCCUUCAUCACCUGUUCAGCCAUUAGUCACUGUGUCAGUUUGUGAGACGUGUAUUGGAUGACAGAUUGAAGGACAGCAGGUGGUGGAAUGAGAGGUGUUUUAAAGAGUUUCAGACGGCGUGCAUGAACUUUGAUAUUCGAGGGUGACUCCCGGUAGGAAAAUAAAAUAAAGGCCUUACAUGAUUAAAGAGUGAAUCCUCCAGCAUAGAGAAGAGUAGAGACCAAUGAUUGUCUACAGGAAUAGUUCAAUUGUUUUCCUAAAACAGAAUGUUAAAUUGCAAUCACUUGACAAAUGCACAUUCUUGAUAUAUAAAAAAAUGGUGGUUUAAUUGUAAAUGAUCUCUCAUUUGGACUUAAUGAUUCCGAAUGCAAAUGGAAGAGGACAAGAAGUGGAGCGUCGUCCCAUCAUCAUUGUCAUCGUCCCUCCAUCAAAGGACCAGUGAAGACGUCGACCAUGCAAGCGCACUGAAUUCAAGUGAAUUUAUCACAGCAGAGAAAAAAAAACAAUAGAAAUGCACUGUGGAUUACUUUUUCCUUUCCUCCUCAAAACUGGAAAAAAAUGAUAGUAAUAUUCUAAUACUGUUUUUGUACUGUUACAAAGAAAACCACUUUAUUGGAAGUGUUGCAAUAGAAAGAUGUAACCUUUUAGUUUUUAAUGUUUACACUUUCACUUUUCCGUUGAGCUAACCAUUCUGUUUUAUUUAAUAUUUAAAUUAAUAUUUCAGUUACUGUUUGUGAUGUCUGCCAUGCCAAGAUGAUUUCGUGUAAACUGUAUAUCAUAGUAUUUUUGACAAUAAUAUUCAAAUUUGAGGGAAUUAAAUAUAUCUUAUAAAACAAUCUUUAAAAAUA